CGGUGUCGAGGCUAGGCCGUGCGCGCCGUCGUGUGAACCCCUUUUUGUUUCCGUUGUUGCUACGAGGCCGCCUCGCCGUGCGAUCGUGUGUAGCGCCGUUCAGUGUCUUUCUCAGUCUCGUUGGUCACGCAUCUUACGGAGGAAGCAUAUACGAAUUUAUUUUCUGAAAGUUUACCGUAGGCCGAACAUUCAGAAUGAGCACUCGAGUAUUCGUUGGUGGAUUAACAUACCGGGUGAGAGAGCGCGACCUUGAGAAGUUCUUCCGGAAAUAUGGUAGAAUCAAGGAGGUCGCUAUGAAGAAUGGAUUUGCCUUUGUGGAAUUCGACGACUACAGAGAUGCUGACGAUGCUGUAUACGAACUAAAUGGAAAGGAACUUUUAGGAGAAAGAAUUACUGUAGAGAGGGCCCGGGGGACACCUAGGGGUAGUGACCAGUGGCGCUAUGGUGACUCCCGUGGUGGUUAUGGGGACUCGAGGCGAUCUGCCCGAGACGAUAUGCGGCACGACAGAGAUAGUGUGAACAGAAACACGAGGACUGCAUCUAGCUACAAGCAAUCAUUGCCCAGAUACGGACCACCGACACGUACAGAGUAUCGCCUCACCGUGGAGAAUUUGUCCAGCCGCGUCAGUUGGCAGGAUUUGAAGGAUUACAUGAGACAGGCUGGAGAAGUGACAUAUGCUGAUGCUCACAAGCAACGUAGAAACGAGGGAGUUGUCGAAUUUGCGACGUACUCCGACUUGAAGAACGCUAUCGAUAAGUUAGAUGAUACAGAGUUGAAUGGCCGCAGAAUUAGACUCAUUGAAGACAAGAGGCGCGGUCGUCGUUCAAGAUCCUCUAGUUCGAGAUCGCGUUCCCGAUCUCGAUCUCGAUCGCGUCGUCGGUCGCGCUCUCGUUCAAGAAGCCGUCGCAGCUCUCGUAGCCACAGCCGUCGUAGCACCCGUUCCAAGUCGAGGGCACACUCGAAAUCCAAGUCCAAGUCUAAAUCUAAAUCUCCCGAGCGUAGUCGUUCACGCUCAAAAUCCAAAUCAAGAGACCGCUCAAAGUCGAAAUCUAAGUCAAAGUCCAAAUCCAGAUCUCGUUCUAGGUCCAAGGCUGAGAGGUCAAAGUCCAGGUCGCAGUCCAAAUCCAAAGCCAAGUCUCCCUCAAAGGAUAGGUCGAGCCGUGAACGUUCCAGAGGCGACCGAUCCCGAUCUCGAUCGGGAAGCAAACACAGCAAGAGCCGUAGCCGCUCUCGUUCGCCGAUGAAUGGUGACAAAUCACCGGAUAGCAGCAAACAGAAAGCCGACUAAGCAAAAAGAUAAAAAAAAAUCAGCAAACUACUAUUUCUAUUUUUUCUUUUUUUCUGUUUUCUUUCACCAUUUUUUAUAUCAAAUCACAUUAAGAAUAAAUAUCAUACUUUUGCUGAUAAUUAAUUGUAAUAAUGAGGUUUUAAACCCGUAUAUCGAAGCUUUAUUACCUUGACGUUUAACUUCGAGUAUCCAACGCGAUCGGGAUUUCUUUUAAAAAAUCCAACAUUAUUGAUUUGGGAUUAACUUACGAUUUAAUUUCUUAAAUCAAGUUAGCCAUGUCUUAAGCUUCUUUCAUUUUUUUUAUUACUUUUUCUUAGAUAUCAGAUUAGGUUUAGCGAUACACAUCAAUCGACUUAAAUAAUUCGCGCAUUUAGAUAAGUAUUCUUUAUUCAUACCUCUGAAACUACGAAUUUUCAAUGUGUCACCAUAUAAUAAUACGAGUUUCCCCUUCUAACGGCUUUUUGUAUAUAUUCCUAACGGUUAUAUUACAAUAAGAAAAUAUGUGAUGUGUAUUAAAUUUAGUGGUAAGAGGUAUCUUAACUGUCAAUAAAAGUUCAUGUCAAUG